GGCCGGAAGUGACGCAGGCCCUUAGCAGAGCCGGGAGUGUGUGGUUGCCGGAGGAUCGCGAGCUCAGCGUGCGCCCAGUGCCCGGCCGGCCGGGGCCUUCUGCUUGCCCGACUCCGGAGGACAUUGGCAGCAGCUCCCGGCCUACUUCCCGCGCACAGCCAUGUCUGGUAACGGCGACGCGGCCGCAACGGCGGAAGAAAACAGCUCAAAGAUGAGAGUGAUUCGCGUGGGUACCCGCAAGAGCCAGCUGGCCCGCAUACAGACGGACAGUGUGGUGGCAACGCUGAAAACCUUAUACCCAGGCCUGCAGUUUGAAAUCAUUGCUAUGUCCACCACAGGGGACAAGAUUCUUGAUACUGCUCUUUCUAAGAUUGGAGAGAAGAGCCUGUUUACCAAGGAGCUGGAACACGCGCUGGAGAGGAAUGAAGUGGACCUGGUUGUUCACUCCCUGAAGGACCUGCCCACGGUGCUUCCUCCUGGCUUCACCAUCGGAGCCAUCUGCAAGCGGGAGAGCCCCUAUGAUGCUGUUGUCUUUCACCCAAAAUUUGUUGGGAAGACCCUAGAAACCUUGCCAGAGAAGAGCGUGGUGGGAACUAGCUCCCUGCGGAGAGCGGCCCAGCUGCAGAGAAAGUUCCCACAUCUGGAGUUCAAGAGUAUUCGGGGAAACCUCAACACACGGCUUCGGAAGCUGGAUGAGCUGCAGGAGUUCAGUGCCAUCAUCCUGGCCGCAGCUGGCCUGCAGCGCAUGGGCUGGCAGAACCGGGUGGGGCAGAUCCUGCACCCUGAGGAGUGCAUGUAUGCUGUGGGUCAGGGGGCUCUGGGAGUGGAAGUUCGAGCCAAGGACCAGGACAUCUUGGAUCUGGUGGGUGUGUUGCAUGAUCCUGAGACUUUGCUUCGCUGCAUUGCUGAACGGGCCUUCCUGAGGCACCUGGAAGGAGGCUGCAGUGUGCCAGUGGCGGUGCAUACAGCUAUGAAGGAUGGGCAACUAUACCUGACUGGAGGAGUCUGGAGUCUGAAUGGCGCAGAUAGCAUGCAAGAGACCAUGCAGGCCACCAUCCAUGUCCCUGCCCAGCAUGAAGAUGGCCCUGAGGAUGAUCCACAGCUGGUGGGCAUCACUGCCCGGAACAUUCCACGACGAGCCCAGCUGGCUGCUGAGAGCCUGGGCAUCAGCCUGGCCACCUUGUUGCUGAACAAAGGAGCCAAGAACAUCUUGGAUGUUGCACGGCAGCUCAAUGAUGCCCACUAACUGGUCUGUGGGGCACAGGUGCCUGGGUUGCUGGUGCCCCGUGCCUACAUCCCAGCCCUCAGUGCCCCAUUCUCAUUGCUACCUGGGGGGUGAUUACCCAGGGGAUUGAACUGCAGGGGCAGAGACUCAGAGACUUGUCUCAACUUCGGGCCUUGGUAAUGCCUUGUCUCCUCAGUAGGUGGAGGCUUAGUCUAAAGAAAAAACAUCUAACAAGCCACAGCCUUUGAAUGUAACCAACUCUACUAAUAAACUAGAUUUGAAGGUG